GGUCGUGAGUCGGUGUAUAACGCUAUCCCGCUUAUACCGCGGAGUUACUUUACAUACUAGUACCUAUUUCCGCUCGUAUAUUUUCAGUUUGGUGCUCAUUUCUCGCGAAAAAGUGAACAAUGUCGACUCCAUCGAGCAACCGAGAUGUGCCCGUGAGUAAAAAACGUACAGUACUGUGUUUAGCUGAUAAAUUACGUAUAUUGAAAACGUUUGACGAGAGUGUAGGCACGAAGCAAUGCGAUUUAGCCAAAUCUCUGGGAAUUGCGAGCUCUUCCCUUCGAACAAUCAUAGAAAAGAGGAAAGAAAUAGAAGAAGCUGCUACCAAAAGUGGACUGAAGCGUAGAAAAAUUCGAGCUGGUAAAUACGACAAACUCGAGACAGUUCUGAUGCAAUGGUACAAGCAGGCACGUGAUAAGAACUACCACAUCGACGGACCUACUAUACAAGCUCAAAGUCAAAUAAUUGCUAAAGAGUUGAAUAUCGAAGAUUUCAGCGCUUCGAAUGGAUGGCUUCAUAGAUUUCGCUUACGUCACAAUAUUUCUCACCGAAAAAAUUCCAAAAAGGUGGAAAAUGUGAGUGAAGAAUACGUCGAAAGUUCUCAAAAUAAUGACUCGAGUGAAGAAUGCGUUGAGAUGAGUUCUUCAUGGAUCGAAGAUACACUCCCUUCUAUAAUUUCUGGUUUCACACCUCGCGAUGUAUUUAAUGCUGACGAAUGCGCGCUUUUCUUUAAACUGAUGCCUGAUCAAUUGACAGAAUUUCAGAAUGAAAUCUGUCGCGAAGGAGAACAAAGCGAAGAAAGAUUAACCAUCUUGCUUUGUGCAAACGCGGACGGAACAGAAAAAUUAACACCUCUGGUUGUAGGUAAACUCAGAAAUCUAGCAUGUUUCAAGCACAUUAAAUCUCUACCAUGUAGCUAUGUAGUACAGAAGACUGCCUGGAUAAAUGCAAAUCUAUUCAAAGCUUGGCUGAAGAAACUCGAUUGUGAUAUGAAAGCCAAACACAGAAAGGUGCUACUUUUAAUCGAUAACUGUUCCGCACACCUCUCAGAUAUUGUUCUCGAAAACGUUCUAGUUAAAUUUUUUCCUGCUACUGCUGACCGUCUGCAGCCUCUACAGCAGGGUGUAAUGAAAGUUGUGAAACAAAAGUAUAGAAGUCGGAUCAUAGAACGCUGUUUACAACAGUCCAAUUUCUCUGUGAAUGUUUUGGAUGCCUUACAUUAUCUGGCAGCUGCAUGGGAUGAUGUAUCUGCAGCAACCAUACAGCAUUGCUUUCAGAAAUCAGGUUUUUUCUCAGAUAAUACAACUCUCCUAUCGUCAGGAUCUACGGAUGAUGAUCCGGAUUGGUUAACAACGAGGCAGUUGUUCUUCGCUUGUAAUUUAGAUAAUUAUAUUCGAAUAGAUGAUGAUGUUUCAACAUGUGCUGAAUUAAGUUUUCACGAUAUUAUCGCUUCACGAUUCACCCCCGAUGAAGAAGAGGAAGAGGACGAAGAAGAGGAGGAUUCUGCAAACGAUGUGAAAAGUGAACUACCGCCUUCGAAAAUUGAAGCACUGGAUGCGAUUGAUGUUCUCAGGCGUUAUUUUUCUUCAGUUCGCAAUGAUUCUCAAUAUGUUUUCAAUCGUUUGAAUAAGCUAGAAACUGAUGUAUUACGUAUCUCGUUAGAUGAAAGUCAAUCUGAAUGA